UUUACUUGCUACCAAAUAGAAUCCAGCCUCAACUCGGAUCCACCGCCGAUUCAAAAUUAUUUACUUAGAAAGGGGGAAAGGGCUUUACAUUUGAAUCACUAAUACUGUCACUAGACUCUGGAGCUGUACUCUCUUUCUUUGCUCAAAUUAUUUCAACAUGAAGCCCAUACGUUAAACAACGGGACUGUCUCCAUCGAGCUCAAGAACGGAACCUUCGUCCAUGGCACUAUCAUAGGUUCCUCUCUAUCUAUACAUUUUUUAUUCUUGAUUUUUUAAUUUACAGUUCUGAUAUUCGUUAUUGUCCUUUGGGCUUCUCCCUAAACCCCAAGGUUAUAUAACUAAAUAAACUUAAUGCUUUUUUUUUUUAUUUUUUUUCCCCUUUUUGCAGUUUUCGUUGUUUUGAUUCUUAUUAGCUCAGUUCUCUUCAUUAAAUUGGAAUAAAUCGGGGUUUUUUUUUUCUAAGAGUGGAAACUUCAUUUCUGCUUAUUGGAUCUAAUAGUCAACAUUAAGAGCACUUUUUUAUAGUAGUUGCAUAGAAUGUUACAUAUGCCAUUUUUUUUUUUUUGGAAUGUUUUUUGUCGUUAGUUGUUCUUGUUUGUUUCAAUUCUUCUGGUUAAGAUCGAAGUUUGAACAAGAUGACUGAAAUUUUCAACAUGACAUAGAGAUACUGCUCCAGGCAUAUUUUACUGCCCAUCCUCCAUACUGUAAGAAUGUUAAUUUUCCUGCCCACUAUCUCUGUUAAAUGGACUGUCUAAAAAGUUGCUUUGCUUAAAUCAUAUAGGGGUUGAUGUUAGCAUGGAUACACAUUUGAAGACAGUGAAACUAACGUUAAAGGGAAAAAACGCAGUUACUCUUGACCAUCUGAGUGUGAGGGGGAACAACAUUCGCUAUUAUAUUCUCCCUGACAGCUUGAAUCUGGAAACUUUGCUUGUUGAGGAGACACCAAGGGUUAAGCCUAAGAAGCCAGCUGCUGGGAGACUUUUGGGACGUGGUCGUGGCAGGGGGCGUGGACGUGGCCAUGGCCGAGGUCGAUAAUCACCUUCCUGAAAAUAUCCUGUUUCAGCUUUUGCGGCAUCAUGUAAUUUACUGUUGGAGUGCGCUAGAAGAGAGUUGAAGGGAACGGCCAGUUUGAAGCAUAGGAAGAAUCCCUCUAGUUUAUUACUUGCCCUAGUUGCCUGUUCUAUAAAGGUAACUAAGUUCCAUUGCUAGAAACUUUUAGAGGAGAUUCUAGUUAAACAAUCAGUUAACAAAGUGGCGCUUCUUACUCCAAUUUUUCCAAGAGAGGGAAAAUCUGGGCAGAUGAGUCUAACAUAUGCUGCAGACAUUGAAUUGAGCGAUUAUCAAUUGAAUGCUAUCAUUAUAGUCCCCAAUCCUUCUCAACACCACACUUGCACGUGGAAAUGGAAGAGGGAAGAGGGGCCGGGAUCUCUCUCGGAAAAAGGGGAAAAAUGAAAAAGAGCCUUAUGUGAAAAAACAAUUACAUCUAUUGGUAACUUGUAGAUGAUUAUUGCAGAAACGAUAUGAU